UGAGCCAAGGGGGCAUGGCAGCAGACAUUUGUCCAGAUCCUGGGAUUCCAGAGAAUGGGAAGAGGAUGGGCUUUGACUUUCAGUGGGUGCCUUUUCUUCACUCUUAUCAGGUUUGGCGUCAGUGUAAUGGGAACUGUGUGGAACAGCUUUAAUCGGGGCGAGCCCUGCUGUGUUGCAUUUUUAAACCCCCACUGUUAUGCCAUCACCAUUAGUGACUGCAAUUGCACCCCCUCAAUAGGUGAUAAGAUCCUCUUAGAGAAGAUGCCUUAAUUCAACAAGGGUCAUUACUUGUUUGUUAAGGAGGCAGACUUACUUAUCACCAUUAAAAACAAAGAAACUUGAGAAUGGUAGGGAACUUGUACACAGAGAAAAAAAAUGAUAUUUCGAGGAAGAAAGUCUGUCACAGCCAUAGAGGGGCCAGGGGUUGAUGGUGAGUUCUGUGCGGCAGGUCAGUCACUGACGGUCAUUUGUUUCUCCAACUCCCAUAGGGUCGGAGCCAGCAUCCAGUUUUCCUGCGAUGACAGCUAUGUGCUUCAGGGAUCAAAGAGCAUCACUUGCCAGAGAGUGACAGAGACGCUGGCUGCGUGGAGUGACCACAGGCCUAUCUGCCGCAGUAAGUGUGAACCCAGGCAGGCCAUUUCCCAUCCCAACACUUUCUGUUGGUACAUUUUCACAUCUCGUUAAGGGAGAUGGGGGACACGCACCAAUUGUGAGUAGGGUGUGUGGUGUUCAAUGGUGAGGGACUACAGUACAGAGAUUCUUGUAUUUCGAGGAUUUAACUGUUACCUACUACUAACCAGGUCAAAGACUUGAAUGUUCUAUAUUCUUCAUAUUACCAUGGCUUUACCUGGAAUUUUCAAAGGCUAUUCAAGAUUCAAUCCCCUUGAUUUAAAAGCAUUGAGAUGUCUUCUCUCUGUCUUUAUUGAGACUUGCAGUUGUUAGCCAUCUGUGAGAGGCAGUAACUGCAAGCUGUCUUCCUUUGAAGUGUUAAUAGCUGGGAUGAAUAUCACAUGAGCUCCCAAAAUGAUUAUGACUGCAUAGUAGGCUUUUGUUAGCACAUGCUGUGUACGAAAACAGAAAAGGGUUGUUUUUACUAUAUACAGCUGCGGAAAAAAUUAAGAGACCACUGCAAAAUUAUCAGUUUCUAAGGUUUUACUAUUUAUAGGUAUGUGUUUGGGUAAAAAUAACAUUUUUGUUUUAUUCUAUAAACUACUGACAACAUUUCUUCCAAAUUCCAAAUAAAUCUUUUGUAAUUUAGAGCAUUUAUUUGCAGAAAAUGACAACUGGUCAAAAUAACAAAAAAUAUGCAGUGUUGUCAGACCUCAAAUAAUGCAAGAAAAAUAAGUUCAUGUUCAUUUUUAAACAACACAAUAGUAAUGUUUCAGAAAUCAAUAUUUGGUGGAAUAACCCUGAUUUUCAAUCACAGCUUUCAUGCGUCUUGGCAUGCUCUCCUCCAGUCUUUCACAUUGAUGUUGGGUGACUUUAUGCCACUCCUGGCGCAAAGAUUCAAGCAGCUCGGCUUUGUUUGAUGGCCUGUGACCAUCCAUCUUCCUCUUGAUCACAUUCCAGAAGUUUUCAAUGGGGUUCAGGUCUGGAGAUUGGGCUGGCCAUGACAGGGUCUUGAUCUGGUGGUCCUCCAUCCACACCUUCAUUGACCUGGCUUUGUGGCAUGGCACAUUGUCCUGCUGGAAAAACCAAUCCUCAGAGUUGGGGAACAAUGUCAGAGCAAAAGGAAGCAAGUUUUCUUCCAGGACAACCUUGUACGUGGCUUGAUUCAUGCGUCCUUCACAAAGACAAAUCUGCCCGAUUCCAGCCUUGCUGAAGCACCCCCAGAUCAUCACCGAUCCUCCACCAAAUUUCACAGUGGGUGCGAGACACUGUGGCUUGUAGGCCUCUCCAGGUCUCCGUCUAACCAUUAGACGACCAGGUGUUGCCCAAAGCUGAAAAUUGGACUCAUCAGAGAAGAUGACCUUACUCCAGUCCUCUACGGUCCAAUCCUUAUGGUCUUUUGCAAACCUCAGCCUGGCUCUUCUUUUCUUCUCAUUGAUGAAGGGCUUUUUUCUAGCUUUGCACGACUUCAGCCCUGCCCCUUGGAGCCUGUUUCGAACCGUCCUCGCCGUGCACUUCACCCCAGCUGCCUUUUGCCAUUAUUUUUGUAGGUCAUAUGAUGUCAUCCUACGGUUGUUGAGUGACAUUCGAAUGAGUUGGCGGUCAUCCCGGUCAGUAAAGAGUCGUUUUUGCCCUCUGCCGGUCUGUAGCUUUGUUGUCCCCAAUGUCUGCUGCUUGACUUAUGAACCGCCGUCUUUGAAAUGUUAAGGAUGGAAGCUACCUGACGCUCACUGUAUCCCUCUGCCAGUAAAGCCAGAAUUGAACCUUUCUUUUCCUCACUCAAAACUUUCCUUUUCAACUCUUUUGUCAUGGUCAAUAGUUAUUUUUUGAUUAAUAUUACUUUUGAGGUACUAUUAGCACAAUUUUUGCCAUCCAGCUGGUCCUAUUGCAAGAGGAUAGUGAUGACCACAGCAGUGGUUUUUAUACAUUUCCCCGUUAAAUAAGAUUUGGUUCAGGUGAUCACCUAAUCAGUACCUAAUUCAGUAGAAUGAGGUGUGCCUGUGUUGGAAUUCAACAGACACUGGAAUGGAAUGGCUGUCAUACAUGUAGAGAUGCUGAUUUAAGAAACAUUUGCAGUGGUCUCUACAUUUUUUCCAGAGCUGUAUAUAUAUAUACACUAACGGUCAAAAGUUUUAGAACACCAACUCAUUCAACGGUUUUUAUUUAUUUUUACUAUUUUCUACAUUGUAGAAUAAUAGUGAAGACAUCAAAACUAUGAAAUAACACAUAUGGAAUCAUGUAGUAACCAAAAAAGUGUUAUACAAAUCAAAAUAUAUUUUAUAUUUGAGAUUAUUCAAAUAGCCACCCUUUGCCUUGAUGACAGCAUUGCACAUUCUUGGCAUUCUCUCAACCAGCUUCACCUGGAAUGCUUUUCCAACAGUCUUGAAAGAGUUCCCACAUAUGCUGAGCACUUGUUGGCUGCUUUUCGUUCACUCUGCCGUCCGACUCAUCCCAAACCAUCUCAAUUUGGUUGAGAUCGGGGGAUUGUGGAGGCCAGGUCAUCUGAUGCAGCACUCCAUCACUCUCCUUCUUGGUAAAAUAGCCCUUACACAGCCUGGAGAUGUGUUGGGUCAUUGUCCUGUUGAAAAACAAAUGAUAAACCCACUAAGCCCAAACCAGAUGGGAUGGUGUAUCGCUGCAGAAUGCUGUGGUAGCCAUGCUGGUUAAGUGUGCCUUGAAUUCAAAAUAAAUCACAGACAGUGUCACCAGCAAAGCACCCCCACACAUAACACCUCCUCCUCCAUACUUUACGGUGGGAACUACACAUGCAGAGAUCAUCUGUUCACCCACAACUCGUCUCACAAAUCUCCAAUUUGGACUCCAGACCAAAGGACAUAUUUCCACCGGUCUAAUGUAAAUUUCUCAUGUUUCUUGGUCCAAGCAAGUCUCUUCUUCUUAUUGGUGUCCUUUAGUAGUGGUUUCUUUGCAGCAAUUCGACCAUGAAGGCCUGAUUCACACAGUCUCCUCUGAACAGUUGAUGUUGAGAUGUGUCUGUUACUUGAACUCUAUGAAGCAUUUAUUUGGGCUGCAAUUUCUGAGGCUGGUAACUCUAAUGAACUUAUCCUCUGCAGCAGAGGUAACUCUGGUUCUUCCAUUCCUUUGGCGGUCCUCAUGAGAGCCAGUUUCAUCAUAGCGCUUGAUGGUUUUUGCAACAGCACUUGAAGAAACUUUCAAAGUUCUUGAAAUGUUCCGUAUUAACUGACCUUCAUGUCUUAAAGUAAUGAUGGACUGUCGUUUCUCUUUGCUUAUUUGAGCUGUUCUUGACAUAAUAUGGACAUGGUAUUUUACCAAAUAGGGCUAUCUGCUGUAUACCCCCCCUACCUUGUCACAACACAACUGAUUGACUCAAACGCAUCAAGAAGGAAAGAAAUUCUACAAAUUAACUUUUAAGAAGGCACACCUGUUAAUUGAAAUGCAUUCCAGGUGACUACCUCAUGAAGCUGGUUGAGAGAAUGCCAAGAGUGUGCAAAUCUGUCAUCAAGGCAAAGGGUGGCUAUUUGUAGAAUCUCAAAUAUAACAUAUAUUUAGAUUUGUUUAACACUUUUUUGGUUAGUACAUGAUUCCAUACGUGUUAUUUCAUAGUUUUGAUGUCUUCCCUAUUAUUAUACAAUGUAGAAAAUAGUAAAAAUAUAGAAAAACCCAUGAAUAAGUAGGUGUUCUAAAACUUUUCACCGAUAGAGUAUAUUUUUUACAUUUGCUAUCAAUAUAGCAUUAAAAAUAGUUUUCCAGAUUGCGUUUUGGCAACAAAAAAAUAGGAAUGCAAAUAUUGGGUCGCGACUGAGACAACCUGGUUCAAUAUCGGUCCUGAGGUGAGAUCUGCAGAGUUCUAACUUUCAAAGCCAUAGAGGACACAGGCCUCCAGAAAACAUUAAUCAAAAUGAAAUGAGGCAGUAUGUCAACCAUCCAGAAGGAAGAGUAACCAUGUUUGACAAUUUCUUAGCACCUUUCCUGGGAAGUACUGAUUGAUCCAGAUACUUUUUGUCACAGCAUCACCCAGUAAAACCUUUAAGAAUAACACUCUACUACCACCUCACCCCCAAACUUCUCUCCUCUACCACCUCCUCCAUGCGGAGCUAAGUAACCGGUAAAAGCCAUUAAAUGUGAAGUUAAAAAGCCUCCAGGCCAGAGAUCCACUGCUGCUCUUUUCUCUCCCGGAUGGGCAUGAUCCCAGGUGAUUACUUAGUUAAUUAUAGAAUGUGUUUCCGACCUGUAAAUGAAGAAUGUGCUCGUUUUGGCAUUUUUUUCUACCGACUCUAUGGAACCCUCUGACUCUUCGAUAAUUAACAGGCGCACAGCGUAGUCAUCAGAGAUUUCAUAAUUAAUAUUUUUCAGCUUCACCUCUUGAUGAUUUCACUCACCAAUCCUCAGCUGUUGUGGAGAGGAUAAAGUUUGAGUAAUUAAAAGGCACUGUUUUGUAAACAAGCAUGUUGGCUUCCAGCCUUUCAGUGAAUGAUACCACUGUAGAUACCUCUUCUUAGUAGGCUGGAAUUCAACCUUAAGAUUCCAGACACAUUUUCUAUGAGAAAGUGUCCAUAGUCGUGGAAUGAAUGCAUUCCACGACUAACUGUUUUACAGAAAAUGUACAGCAGUGUCAAGUCUAUUUCUGGAGUUGGUUGAGGUUAUUGCUUUACCUAAUGGCUCAUCUUUCUCAGUGUGAUUGUGGGAUGUAUAUCACCUGUUGAUCAUUGCAUUGUUGUUUCCAAUGUAGCAUCCAUAUAAUUUCUGAUAGAUGUAUUUUAUUUUAUUUCAACAGCGAGAACAUGUGGCUCUAAUUUAAGAGGACCAAAGGGCUUCAUCACCUCCCCUAAUUACCCUGUUCAGUAUGAAAAUAAUGCCCACUGUGUCUGGGUCAUAACAGCAGUGGACAAUGGGAAGGUGAGUCAGAUUUAUUUUCUUCUUUCUUUCACUUAAACACAGUAAGUUAUCAGCAUUCAUAUACUUGCUAAUGAAUCCCCCUGCAAGGUGAAUGGUUCAACUUCAAUCAUUUAAUUCAUUUUUUGUUGUAUUUUGCAAGUUGAGUAUCGAGGCAAAAUCAAAAUAUUUUGGAGGCAGUCUGAGAGAUUUUUUUGCUCCAAAUAUAUUUUGUUGUGACAGUGACCCAAUAGGAAACAUCUUAUGAAAGACAAAAUGUUCUGUAAUGCAAAAUAGUAUGUUAGGCAUGAACCUUGACAUUAUGACAAAUGUGUGCUGUGUUUAUAUGUACCCUGCAUGAUGCCAAACAACCCAUGACUUCAUUGGAUGACUUCAUUGGCAUUGUUAAUUAAACAUUUCAUUAUCAUGCAUUGUUUUUAUUCAGCGAUUAAACAAUUUGUUUUUACUUGGCAUACUCCAUGUUUAUUUCAUUUUCUUUCAAUAAUAAACUCCACAAGUUAACGGCAAGAAUGGAGAUGAUUUCUGUGAGAAAAAUAAAAGACAACAAAACACAAAAGAAACCCCAAAAAUUAUAUUGUAUUAUUUUAAUUCAGUCACCUCAAUGUCAGAAAAGUUUCAAGAGCAAUAUUGGAAUCAUGCUGGUGCAAUGUAUACAUACCUAUUCCAUGGUGGGGUGGGAUCCAAGCACGUAAUUAUGAUUAUGUUACCGUAUUAAUGCAAUGCCAUUGUGUGCAUUAGCAUACAAAUGGCAUUAAAAUCACUAAAUGAUCAUAACAAAUAUGAGGCAAAAUAUCAGAAAAAAAUCUAAUUUUAUAAAGAGGGCCCACUUGAAACUGUUAAAUUAAUGAUUUCUACUUGUCUUUUAUAUCCCUUGUGCAACGUAGGGGUCAGAGCACUAAAGAUAAAGCAAACAGUAAUUAAUAUCUCCUGCUGUAAAUUAUGGAUACUUCAAGAAAGAGUGCCUUAAAGGAAAUGGAACUCUUCAAAGUGAUUGGAAAUUAAUAAUCAGUUGGCUGCAGUAGCGGUGCGUGGGUAAAAUCUCUGGGGAAGCCAAGCCCCCCAAAAAGCCAUAUUACAACCUAUGUGCUGUGAUAAUUGCGCUGUUUGCUCUAUAACCUGUUAAUUCAUAUGCCUUGACACCGUGCUAUAUAGGCCUAAAAGCAGAGACAAUAAGAAGACACAGUGGCAGAAUACAUUCAACCCACACCUUUGUUUUAUCACAAAACCGGAUCGCAACCUCUGUCCAGUGUCCACAAAGCAUAUUGCAUGUACAGUAACAGACAGCAUGGUCAAGCAAGUCAAUCCAAAAUGUUUGGACCACUAAACAACUAUUGAUUUAGAACCACAGAGAGUUACCGCAAGUCGCAAAGAAAACAGGAGCUGCCUCCACUAUUCCAGCACCAUUUCAACUUCAACAUUUCAACAUCAUAAAGUCACCUCUGCUUAGUCUAGUACAGUGACAACUAAAACAUACCAAAAACAAUUUAGUCCAAUCAACGUAAGCUAAAUAUGAUGUGGCUGUCCAUGGUUCUGAUUUCUGUGUGUGUGUGUGUGUGUGCGUGUGUGUGUGUGUGUGUGUGUUGUGCGUGCGCGUUCGUGCAAGUAGAAGAACAUGUUGACUUACCCUACUUGUAGAGAAACGCCAAUGCCAUCCUCCUCUCUUUCAUGUUGACAAAACGGUUCUAUUACUUUGUCAUACAGUACACGCUUUUAUUUUUUGUUGUCCUAGGCUACCUGGCUAAAAUGCUUGCUCGCUAGCCUAACUUCCAUUCAUGGGCAACGUUAGCUAGUUAACAUAAGACUUCUACAUCUGGCUACAUAUUGAACUUCCAUCCUCUCAGGCCAGGGGCACAAAAAUGUAUGAAUUAAUGGUUGGAACAGAAUCGCCGUUAUAAUCGUUGGCCAGUACGGAGAAUUAAGUAAAACCACAAGUCCAAAUCCCUAUCUCCAUCCAUGGCUAAUUUAGGAAAGGACCAAUUUUAGCUAGCUGGCUAGCUAGCCACCGGAGGACAACAACACAAAUAAAUGCAACAAUUCAAGUUUUUCUGUCAAUGACGUAUGCUCCCAAUGGGAUUUGACAGGAGUGACACCAAAUCCAAGCUGGCUUCCCUUGACACUUUUUUUUGGUGCGCCAGGACCAUUCACAGUUGAGCUCGCUCAGUUUAGCUCAAGGCUGAUUGGCACAUUUUCUAUACUUUUUUUGUCAAGGAAGGCCAGAUGCUUGCUGGCUUGCCUUGCCUUCAAUGCUACAGGCGGCAACAUUGCAAUACUCAUUUGGACCAGACAGCAUCAGAAAGAUGGCCUACACGUAGAGAGACAGAGGGGCGCUGUUUCGCUCGCUCGGAUGCUUUCUCCUGUGAGAUAGAUUCAGCCUCUUGCGAACUGAAGGAAAAGUAUGAAACACAGAGAGAUUAAAGAUUAAAUAUCUAUAUAUUUUUUUUUAUUAGUCCAUUUUUUGGGAAAGCCUGGCUUCCCUUGGCAUCCAUGAAUACACGCCACUGCUUGGCUGUAAAUUGCUGAAUCUCUGAUGCAUAUGUAUUUGUGCAUGUGACCACCAGUAUUUGUUAUGUUGCCAUUAACACUGUCCACCCAAAACCAAAUCUCCCUAUGAACAUAAUUAACGGGACUUCAUUUUCUUGGGGCUAAUGCUGCAGCUACAAAACAGCACUCGGGUCAAUUAAGUCAAGGCAGAAAUUACUUUACAAAGUAGUUUGAGAAUGAUGUUAAAAGUUUGACAUGUCACUCAGAUAUUCAGCAUGCCCAAAUUCAGCAAAAACCUCUGACAGAUAAGAUUGGAGGUACACUACAUUACCAAAAGUAUGUGGACACCUGCUCGUCGAACAUAUCAUUCCAAAAUCAUGGGCAUUAAUGUGGAGCUGGUCCCCACUUUGCUGCUAUAACAGCCUCCACUCUUCUGGGAAGGCUUUCCACUAGAUGUUGGAACAUUGCUGCGGGGACUUGCUUCCAUUCAGCCAUGAUCAUUAGUGAGGUCGGGCACUGAUGUUGGGCAAUUAGGCCUGGCUCGCAGUCGGCAUUCCAAAUUAUCCCAAAUGUAUUUGAUAGGGUUGAGGUCAGGGAUCUGUGCAGGCCAGUCAUGUUCUUCCACACCGAUCUCGACAACCCAUUUCUGUAUGGACCUCGCUUUGUGCACGGGACAUUGUCAUGCUGAAACAGGAAAGGACCUUCCCCAAACUGUUGCUACCAAGUUGGAAGCACAGAAUCGUCUAGAAUGUCAUUGUAUGCUGUAGCGUUAAGAUUCCCCUUCACUGGAACUAAGUUGCCUAGCCCAAACCAUGAAAAACAGCCCCAGACCAUUAUUCCUCCUCCACCAAACUUUACAGUUGGCACUAUUCAUUGGGGCAGGUAGCGUUCUCCUGGCAUCCGCCAAACCCAGAUUUGUCCGUUGGACUGCCAGAUGGUGAAGCGUGAUUCAUCACUCCAGAGAAUGCUUUUCCGCUGCUCCAGAGUCCAAUGGCACCGAGCUUUACACCACUCCAGUCAACGCUUGGCAUUGCGCAUGGUGAUCUUAGGCUUGUGUGCGGCUGCUCGGCCAUGGAAACCCAUUUCAUGAAGCUCCCGACGAACAGUUCUUGUGAUGACAUUGCUUACAGGGGCAGUUUGGAACUCGGUAGUGAGUGUUGCAACCAAGGACAGAAGAUUUGUACGCGCUUCAGCACUUGGCGGUCCCAUUCUGUGAGCUUGUGUGGCCUACCACUUCGCGGCUAAGCCGUUGUUGCUCCUAGACCUUUCCACUACAGCACUUACAGUUGACCGGGGCAGCUCUAGCAGGGCAAAAAUUUGACGAACUGACUUUUUGGAAAGGUAGCAUCCUAUGACUGUGCCUCGUUGAAAGUCACUGAGCUCUUCAGUAAGGCCAUUCGACUGCCAGUGCUUGUCUAUGGAGAUUGCAUGGCUGUGUGCAAUUUUUUUUUUACACCUGUCAGCAACGGGUGUGGCUGAAAUAUCAGAAUCCACUAAUUUGAAGGGGUGUCCACAUACUUUUGUAUAUAUAGUGUAUCUUCCAGUUAGUACAUGUUCCUUAGAGGUUUGGAUUAAUUAAAUGGGUUCAAACUUUAAAUCGUCUUCCAAUGGCUGAAGAUCUGUCAAAUGUUCCUAUCUGUCUCCUGUGCAGACUGAUACGUUUGUUCCUUUUCUUUAAACCUAUUCUCAAUUACUUUUGCAGUUAGUAUAGUGUAGAAUUAUAUUAAAUUAGUCUAUGUUUUGUAAUAAAAUUACUCUUCUGAAAGUUGUUUUUACCUGUAGUUAUUGCAAGAAGCAAGUGCCCUUUUUAACGUACUUGCUGUGGAAGUCAAGUUUUCAUUAUUUCCUUCUCUAAUUUGUGGCAUGUCAUUAUUCAAACAUGAGCAUUUAUCUUGGUGGAAAACUUGGGUUUUGAAAACAUUCUAAAAGAGACUCAAAGAUGGCAGAGAUUGAACAUCCCAGAGUCUCUUGGGAUAGUGAGCCAACAGUUGUUCUUCUUUCUCGCUACCUUAUUUUUACUUUUUGAAACAAACCGGUGAGUUUUUUAGAACACAUGGACGUCACUGACACAGUAGCUGUCAAUCAGAUCUAAUGAACGUCCAUUCUGGGGCUGUUGUUGCUAGUUUGGGAAGAUAUGAUACUCAAGUUUUGGGCCUAGGAAUGAUGUUCUCCAUCUAAUUGGAAGAAGGAUUGCUUUCAAAGUAUGUGCAGGUCAGAGUGUGAAGAACCUCAUAAAAGGUUUCUUUCUUCAGAUCUGUUCUUCAGCUAAUAUUUUCUCACAUUAAGUACAAGUAGUGCUGCCUCAUCAUAUCCCUUGUUGAUUUGUGAUCAUAAGCCAACCAUAAUGUGUUACAUUGAUUCCACAAGUGUAUGUAUAGGAUAGGUCUAGAUGUCCACAGCUCAAUGAACCAUCCAGGUACUAACAAUGCCUACCAGUUUACCCUCUAACAAGAUAACACUAUUGUUAAUAGGGAAUAUUCUAUUUUGGAAAUUGCACCUCAAACGACUUUGUUCAUGUCUGGAGCAAGUUUUGAUUAAUUUUGUUACCACAUUUAGCGGACACAAUAAUUUGAAUGUUUUAACUCACAUUUGGACUUAAAUGUUACAAUAUGCUCUAAACUGAGCUGUGUUUUUCCUGAGUCACCUGGCAAACCAUCAUACGUCAGACUAGGUUACCCCAAGGAGUAUAAUCAAUUCAGUAAUUCAUUUAGUCAUUGACACAUUAAUAUAUUUACCCCCCAAUGUGUUAGUGUUUGUGUAUGUAACUGGUAGACAGUAUUCAUAAACAAAUAGUGUGAUGUUUUUGACACAACAAAGUCGUUGGGACACAAAACAGUGGGCAAAAUGUAUAGUGACAGGUGUCCAACCAGACAUUGAUUAUUUUGGAUGAGUUACAAAACAUCAACAAUCUCUACAAAGUCACAGGGAGAUUUUAAAAGCAUUUUAGAGGUCUUAUCAACAAUUGAAGACAAAACAGAAUCAUUGAACCAGUCGUCAUGCCUUUCGGUUCUGAAUAAAACAAAUAAAUCAAUAGUGCCCUAAAAUAUGAUCAACAAGCCAGUUAAAGGAACAAUCACCAAGAUGUGCUGUCAGCAUGCAAUUGUGUUCAUAUAGACCAUGAGUUCUGUUUUCUCCAUUGCUAAGUCUUCUGUAAAAACCCUAUUGGUUUUUGACAGGGUAAUUUGAGAGGGUGGUAAUGUAGACUUCUCAUUUAAGAUUGCCUUAAACCACUUACUAUGAAACCAAGUUUGACAUUCCACACAGAUUGCUUGUCCAAAAACUUCAGAGGUGCUCACAGUUGCGUAGAAAACAACAACAUAUGUUUACCUCUGUUGACGGUAUGUUAUCCCAAGACAUAAGAGAAGACUAGUAAAAUAUCCCAACAAUACAGGUGUCACUUGUUUCAGGAUAUACUGUACAUACUGUUAUGGCACAGCUUUAGGGAGUCACCAUGGACAUGGAUAUUGUAGUGACACAGAAAUGAAAGGCUCUCCAUAUUCUAUUGUAACUGUAAAUGGCAGGUCAGUGUGUAAUUGCUAAUUUAGUCUUAGCCCUGUCUGUCUCUCGGCUUGUAUUUUGGCUUGUUCCAAUCAUCAUGACUUCAUCACAUUGCUACAUGUUUUUGUACGGUGUCUGUUUUUUAUUAUUAUUUAUGCAUAGUUCGGUAAUUCAAUCUUAGCGCACAUUGGUUUUCUGCAGUGCGAUUUCUCUCAGGUGGCUUAUGCUGUAUUGGAAUUGUCAGUGGUGUUAUGCCAACAAAGAUUGACAUUUCAUGGACAUUGGAUUGCCACAAUGACCCUUAGACAAUUUUUUGUUUUUGUGCGCUUUGAAGUGCAUUGCAUGACGAUUGAUAUAGAAACAGAAGGUGCAGCAGUCUAAUUAAACACACGUUUAUCAAAUCUACAUACAGUACCAGUCAAAAGUUUGGACACACCUACUCAUUCAAGGGUUUUUCUUUAUUUUAACUAUUUUCUACAUUGUAGAAUAAUAGUGAAGACAUCCAAACUAUGAAAUAACACAUAUGGAAUCAUGUAGUAACCCAAAAAGUGUUAAACAAAUCAAAAUAUUUUUGAUAUGAGAUUCUUCAAAGUCGCCACCCUUUACCUUGAUGAGAGCUUUGCACACUCUUGUCAUUCUCUCAACCAGAUUCAUGAGGUAGUCACCUGGAAUGCAUUUCAAUUAACAGGUGUGCCUUGUUAAAAGUUAAUUUGUGGAAUUUAUUUCCUUCUUAAUGCGUUUGAGCCAAUCAGUUGUGUUGUGAUAAGGUGUGUGGGGGGUAAACAGAAGACAGCCCUAUUUGGUAAAAGAGAGAGUCCAUAUUAUGGCAAUAACAGCUCAAAUAAGCAAAGAGAAACGACAGUCCAUCAUUGUGUUAAGUUCAAUUAAAAUAUAUAUUAUUCUUGUUUUAGUAGCCAUUGGUCAUUGAAGGAACAUUUGUGUGUUAGAUCUUGCCCCAAGCUAUUGUUGUCAUUAAUCUCUGCAAUGUCCGAGUUUAGUAUACAGUGCCUUCAGAAAGUAUUCAUACCCCUUUAAUUUACUUUAAAAUUGAUUAAAUUGAGAUUUUGUGUCACUGAUCAACACACAAUACCCCAUAAUGUCAAAAGUGACAUUUUUGCGUAUAUUUUUUAAAAUUAUUAAUAAAAAAUUAAAAGCUGAAAUGUCUUCAGUCAAUAAGUAUUCAACUCCUUUGUUAUGGCAAGCCUAAAUAAGUUAACAUGAUUUGUGAAUGACUACUCCAAUGCUGCUAUAAGCACAGGCAAAAUCCUAGAGAAAAACCUGCUUCAGUCUGCUGUCCAACAGACAGGACAAUAACCUAAAACACAAGGCCAAAUCUACACUGGAGUUGGUUACCAAGACGACAUUGAAUGUUCCUGAGUGGCUUUAAAAUCUAUGGCAAGACUUGAAAAUGGCUGUCAAGCAAUGAUCAACAGUCAAUUUGACAGAGCUUCAAGAAUAUUAAAAAGAAUAAUGGGCAAAUAUUGUAGAAUCCAAGUGUGCAAAGCUCUUAGAUACUUACCCAAAAAGACGCACAGCUGGAAUUGCCGCUAAAGGUGCUUCUACAAAGUAUUGACUCAGGGGUGUGAUUGUAAAUGAGAUAUUUCGGUAUAACUUUUCUUAUAAAUUUGCAAACAUAUCUAAAAAUACUUUGUCAUUAUGGGGUAUUGUGUGUAGAUAGGUAGAAAAGUCAAGGGGUAUGAAUACUUUCUGAAGGCAAGGUACAUGGCAUGGUGAGUUAUCAGAGGCUCCUGAAAAGAAAACUGGCUAUCAGUGAACUUGUACUCAAGGGUUUAGGCUCUCACAUUGAUCAUUCACUUUUGGCCCUUUGGCUUGCUACUACACAUUUCAGUGAGGAUUGCCCAACCUACACAGGUAAUAUAUUAGUGCUUCAAGUCUCAGAAAAAAAAAUAUGGAUGGGAACAAUGGUUAUUUAAUGGCCCAAAUGAGAUAAUUUUAGGAUGUUGAUAAUGGGUUUGUCCUAAUUAAGCUUUAUUUCUUCCCUUCAAGCAAUCUCCGCUCAAAUCCAAUUCUCUUUUAAUUGCCUUUCUUCCUGUACAGGCAUCAAAUGUGGAGGCAUCUUUUUUUCUCAAGGCUUUGUUCGUGCUCUUUUGCAUUUCAUCAUUGCAUUGCCACCCCAAAAUAAUUUGUAAAUGUAUUUCAUGGUUUCAUUAUUUCAGCCUCCCUGGUAGCAGUGGCAGGGUUGCUUUUUACACAUACUAUGCAAUGAGAAUUAAUCGGUCAUCACAGCACAUCCAAAACACGUGUUUGAAAUGAUAAAGCUUCAGCAGCUGCAAUGUUGCUGUCUUUUGCAGCUCUAAUAUGAUGAAGCUAUGUUUUGCCAUGGUGCAUACCAAAGAGUACCAUGAUGUUUUUAUACAUAACAUGCUAAAAGACUCAUUAUUAUUGUAUGGGCUCUAUGGUUAGAAUUAAAUCAUAGCGCAUUACACUUUUGAUGCAAAACCACAACAAUCUUGAAAUAUUUGUUUAAAUCCCAACCACGGUUGACACAGUAUGGAUUGUUUACUUUUUGCAUGAUUUGAAAGGCAAUUUGUUAUGACUGAAUUCCGACCCAAGUCUUUUAAUUGACACAGUUUCUAGGAAAACAAAGCAUAUAAGAAUGAAUAGAAAGAGAAAAAAAACGAAGCGUUGUGUAGUACAAAUAGUACAAUUGCAAAAUGGUUUAUGGCCAUGCUAUCGUGGCUGUCCUUGAACCAAUGGAACAUUUAUCCUUUUUUGAACAGGUUAUUAAGCUUGCCUUUGAGGAGUUUGAUCUUGAGAGAGGAUAUGACACGCUAACAGUGGGGGAUGGAGGGAAGAUUGGCGAUGCCAGGAGAGUGCUCUAUGUGUGAGUACCCUGAAUUUAUCAUUUACUAUCUCUGACUAUCCCUCCAGCAUUCACUGUAUGAUUUUUUUAAAGUUACACAGACCUACUACUGCAUGCUCUAGUCUACACAGAUGAAAUAGGACAAUACAUUGUGCAGUUAUUCAGAUAAUACAUUGAACAUAAUUGUCAUGUAAUUAAUACACAUUUACCCUUUACUUGAAAAUACUGGCCAAAGCUUUUGGAGCAUAAAAACAAUAAAUCGAGCUUCUGAUGUGAGUAAGAGACAAUAAGUCAAUGAGUCAUUGAGUUCCAUGUGAUGUGUUUCAGGCUGACAGGGUCCAGUGUUCCUGACCUGAUAGUCAGUAUGAGCAACCAGAUGUGGCUCCAUCUCCAGUCUGAUGACACCAUUGGGUCCCAAGGGUUCAAGGCCCUAUAUGAAGGUAUGCUUUCCAUACUCUUUGAGAACAUAUACAAUGGUCUGCCAAAAAAUGGAUUUGGUCCGGUUUUAAACCCUGUACAUCUACCAUUUCAUGUUGAGGCCAUGCUUAUUUGAGUCUCAUAGUUGGUGCCACUUUUCCGCAUACAUAAAAUAUGAUAUGAAAGAUAUGUGUUGGUCUGCCCAGCAUGUCCUUGUAACUAGUCAACUAUAUGUGAAUUUCUUUACACCCUGUAGAAUGUUCACUGUAUGCCCAGCCAAGUCAUAAAUUCUAUAGAUUCAGCGAAAGAUUAAAGCAAAUGGGUCAGCAUAUGUGCUUGACACAGACACUGAUAUGUUAGAGUUCUCCAAAUGAAAUGCACUGGCUGGUUUUGGAUAGGCUACCAAAUAACAUCAAAGCAAAGUUCUAUGAAUAUAUCUAAGCAUCUGUUUCAAUAAACACUAAUGUGCAGAAUUUGCUUCCACCAGCAUAAACGGUAAUUCAUUUCCAGUAUCAGAUGGUCGGACUAAUUCCUUCCAACUGACGAAUAGCAAUGAACUUGCACUAAUAAGUCAUGUGUUGACUGGGCACAGUGUGCCACUCUGGCAAAGUCAGACCCACAUUAAAGUAGUGUCAUGCUGUGAGAGUGGAAGAGAUUUUCGUUACUGAUACAUACUGAAGUACAGUUUACUUAGGCCCCUAUUCAAUAAAAUAUUUUGUGUGGAAACAUUGUACGGAAAGUCUGUUGUCACCACCAUCAACUUUCCAUUUAGAGAUUAAUUAAGAUGUUACUAUUACCCCUUCAUACACAAGUCUCAACCCUUACUUUAUAUUGUCACACUGACAGUUUGCACAAUUGACAGCUCAACAAAAUGCAUAACCCUGCACAAUGACACCACCUCAAUUAACUUUGUGUAAACCCAAUUUCACACUAGUGCCUACCGUCCGGGUACCAUGUUUGACAGCAAAACCACUGAGUACAAGAAGUGGGACUUAUUGUCAGGGGGCCCCAUACAGUAGGUGUCCAUGUCUACUGUAUCUGGGGGAGUAUUCAGUCAGCCUUGUUCACCUGUAUUAUGCAUCAUAUAAUUACAUCUGUGUGAGAAAUGCUGGCAACACCAAGUGAUACCUAUAUAUGAACUAUUUGAAACAUUCAUAACCCAUAAGUAAUUGCUUGUGUAAAUGAUGAAGCAAUCAGUUAGAGGGAAGAGAAUCAUGGUAUCCCAAUAAGACAUACUAAUAAAAAAGAUAUGUUCUAAAGACUGUCUAUAGAUACAUAUAAAUCAGUAAAUCUCCACAGAAAAUAAUGAACGUUAAGUAUUAAGUAUUCGAAUAAUUACAUAAUACCAUCAAACUCACUUUGUAAGCCGGUAAGCAUUUCCUUUAGGCAGAGGCUCCUAGUAAAUACUGUAGUUACCCCUAACUUGUACUUGAUUUCCUUCUUUAAUUCCUUCCUGUAGCACAUUCUAUGGGCAUAUUUCUUAUUUAUUCUGUGACAUGAUUCCGAUUUUCUGUCAUACAACAGGGUAAGGUGGGCUCAUUGCGAGAUAAUGUAUUUUGAGGGAUGUCUCACAAGAGGGCUGUAUAAGAGGGAACAAAAGUGUGUUUUUGUUGUCAUGCAUUUCCAGAUACAUUACAAUGCGAGAUCAGAGCCAAGUAAACCCGUUGCUAUGGAAAAAUGGAAACAUGAGCUUUAUUCACUGAGCUUUAUUCGGUGGAACUACAGUCUCUUAUAUAAAUAUACACUCCCUGUCAAAAGUUUUAGAACACCUGCUCAUUCAAGGGUUGUUAUUUAUUUUGACUAUUUUCUACAUUGUAGAAUAAUAGUGAAGACAUCAAAACUAUGAAAAAACACAUAUGGAAUCAUGUAGUAACCAAAAAAGUGUUAAACAAAUCAAAAUAUAUUAUAUAUUUGAGAUUCUUCAAAUAGCAUCCCUUUGCCUUGAUUACAGAUUUGCACACUCUUGGCAUUCUCUCAACCAGCUUCACCUGGAAUGCUUGAAGGAGUCUUGAAGGAGUUCCCACAAAUGCUGAACACUUGUUGGCUGCUUUUCCUUCACUCUGCGGUCCAACUCAUCCCAAACCAUCUUAAUUUGGUUGAGGUCGGGUGAUUGUGGAGGCCAGCUCAUCUGAUGCAGCACUCCAUCACUCUCCUUGGUCAAAUAGCCCUUACACAGCCUGGAGGUGUGUUGGGUCAUUGUCCUGUUGAAAAUUAAAUGAUAGUCGCGCUAAGCCCAAACCAGAUGAGAUGGCGUAUCGCUUUUAACUUUUAAGAAGGCACACCUGAUUAAUUUAAAUCCAUUCCAGGUGACUACCUCAUGAAGCUGGUUGAGAGAAUGCCAAGAGUGUGGAAAGCUGUAAUCAGGGAAAAGGGUGGCUAUUUGAAGAAUCUCAAAUAUAAAAUAUAUUUUGAUUUGUUUAACACUUUUUUGGUUACUACAUCAUUCCAUGUGUUAUUUCAUAGUUUUGAUGUAUUCACUAUUAUUCUACAAUGUAGAAAAUAGUAAAAAUAAAGAAAAACCCUUGAAUGAGUAGUUCUAAAACUUUUGACCGUUAGUGUAUAUCUAUAUAUUUUUAACAUGCAGUAUAUAUCCCAGAAAACAGUGAAACCGAGAGAGUAUAAAGAGAAAUUACAAACAUUUCUCUGUUAUUUGUUGUGUGGACAUUGAUAUGAUGCUUUGAGUUGUUUAUGACAUCUCUGAAAUGUUUGAUUAACUCUGAAACAGACCACUGUGUACAUCAAUGGCACAUAUUUUAAUGUUAUCUCCUGCUUACUAUUUCUUCAAUGUUUGUAAUUUCACCCACAAUAUGCAUGUAAAUGGUAAACAUGUCCUGGACAUCUGAUUUGACUCCCAGCUCAUCAUAAUUUAGGUUAUUGGACAAUAAAUUCAGCGAUGGACAGCCACUUUUUGCAUAUUAGUGUUUAAGAGCAUGGUACAGUAUAUCCUUAGUAAGACAUUUUACAUCUCCAUCACGGUUGCGAUCGGGCUGAUAUGCCCUUAACCUGAUUGUGGAGCCUACGCAUAGAUCCCUCAACUAAUUGCUCUUGGCAGCUCCAAAGGUAUUUAACCGGCACUUAACAUCUCACAAAGGUUGUUGAAUGUGAUGCUGGAAUUAAACUCAUCCCCUGUAGAUUAUUGCUCAGCUGGGCCAGUGGAGCGAUAGCUACUGAGCUGGCACGCUGGUUGUUAACACAAAAAAUUAACUCUUCCAGAACGUCAUUUUGCUCCUGCUAGAAAAUGCACCUGAACAUGUAGAGGAAAUAGACAACAGUUGGCAUGCCGGUAUAUUGCUCUCGCUGUCUUGUUUUCUAUUGGAUUAUAUCGAUGGUUCUAAGAUGAUUGUACUUGUGUAAGGAAUGUUGUGUUAGAGGAAAGCUGUCAUGUUACGUUUUCAGGAUCUGAAGAUUGCUCAGUGGAUGUCAGUUUUAGGACAUUCAACCCUAAGAGCAACUAACCAGAUGUCCUUGGGAAUUGAAACCACUGAAUGAACUUGAACAUGGUAACACUUUGUUGCAGAAAUCGACAAAGGAGGGUGUGGGGAUCCUGGCAUCCCGGCCUACGGCAGAAGAUCGGGGGAGCGUUUUUUACACGGCGACAUGCUGACGUUCGAGUGUCAGGCGGCCUUUGAGUUGGUCGGCGAGAGAACGAUAUCAUGCCAGCAAAACAACCAGUGGUCUGGAAACAAACCCAGCUGCUUGUGUAAGACUCCAUUUCAAAAUGUAUGACUUUAAUUAACAGCGCUCUCAUUUAGAUAUAUCCAUCUGAUACACCUACAUAGUCCCAACAGUCUGAAGGAAGGUGGUAUGACUAUACCCCCUGACACAUGUAAAGCCGUCAUCAUCUCUGGGAUUUGUUGUCGCUUGGUCAACACUCCCCACUGUCCAUUUUGGAGCUAUACAAUUCAAAGAUCAUUACUCCCGUCAUUUAGACAUUGCUCACUGAGCUUAUGAAUUACAGUUUCUAUACAGAGGCCUCAAGAGUUUAUUUUUUAUUUAAAGUAAGAGCUUCUGUUGCAGGUAAGUCUGUAUUGUUAGUUAGUAGAGUUCAAUAUUUUCAGUUCACCCUCUCUCUGGCAUGCAGGCUGACACCAGGGUUAAGCAGCUAUACAGCCAAGGGCAGUCAGCUCUUGGUUGAUAGCCUCUCUACUGUCAUGACACUGGGUUAUAUUCUUCCACCUGGUGCAGUUAAUAGAAUGUGUGGCACCUGAAGAAUUCAAAGGAAAGCAUGAUUCCCAACCAUUUCAAACAAAAUGUCUUAUAAAAGAGCUAAUUUAUCUCACUGUGUGCUGCAUCAAAGCAUGAUGGCAGAUCUGUGUGUGUGCCCCUAUCUAUUUUUGCAGUUUCCUGCUUCUUCAAUUUCACCACCCCAUCAGGAAUAAUCCUCUCCCCCAACUACCCCGAGGAGUAUGGGAACAACAUGAACUGUGUGUGGCUUAUUAUCGCAGAGCCAGGGAGCAGGAUUCAUCUAAUUUUCAGCGACUUUGAGGUAGAGCCCCAGUUUGACUACCUCAUUGUGAAAGACGACGGGAUGUCGGAGCCCACCACGUUCGGCACGUUCUCCGGGAAGGAUGUACCCUCUCAGAUAGCCAGCAAUGGACACAUCAUGCGCCUGGAGUUCCAGUCUGACCACUCCAACACUGGGAAAGGAUUUAACAUCACUUAUACAAGUAAAUGGCCCUUCCUUCUAAAGCUAUUUGCGAUUUUGCUAUAUAUUGCAGACUCUGGGCCCCUCACAAUGUCUUCUGUUAUGCAAUUCAGAACUGCCUGUGGCACAAAUACUGAGUCAAGGGGUAUCUAUAGUGUCUUUUCAUAUGUGUUCAAUCAGGUAUACUCUUACAAGGGAAGUUAGGAAUCAGAAUUAUUAACAAAGCACAUUUUAAUGUUAAAGUCUGAUUUCAAUUAGAGGAUCCCUAUCUGAGAAUGGAGACUCAUUAGCUAGAAGUGGGUGGCAUCAUUCUAUUUAACAAUUUGUAUGGCCAUACAAUACAUUACCCUGUGUACAGUCGUGGUCAAAAGUUUUGAGAAUGACACAAAUAUUGGUCUUCACAAAGUUUGCUGCUUCAGUGUUUUUAGAUAUUUUUGUCCGAUGUUACUAUGGCAUACUGAAGUAUAAUUACAAGCAUUCCGUAAAUGUCAAAGGCUUUUAUUGACAAUUACAUUAAGUUUAUGCAAAGAGUCAAUAUUUGCAGUGUUGACCCUUCUUUUUCAAGACCUCUGCAAUCCACCCUGGCAUGCUGUCAAUUAACUUCUGGAACACAUCCUGACUGAUGGCAGCCCAUUCUUGCAUAAUCAAUGCUUGGAGUUUGUCAGAAUUUGUGGGUUUUUGUUUGUCCACCCGCCUCUUGAGGAUUGACCACAAGUUCUCAAUGGGAUUAAGGUCUGGGGAGUUUCCUGGCUAUGGACCCAAAAUGUUGAUGUUUUGUUCCCAGAGCCACUUAGUUAUCGCCUUAUGGCAAGGUGCUCCAUCAUGCUGGAAAAGACAUUGUUCGUCACCAAACUGUUCUUGGAUGGUUGGGAGAAGUUGCUCUCGGAGGAUGUGUUGGUACCAUUCCUUAUUCAUGGCUGUGUUCUUAGGCAAAAUUGUGAGUGAUCCCACUCCCUUGGCUGAGAAGCAACUCCACACAUGAAUGGUCUCAGGAUGCUUUAAUGUUGGCAUGACACAGAACUGAUGGUAGCGCUCACCUUGUCUUCUCCGGACAAGGUUUUUUCCGGAUGCCCCAAACAAUCGGAAAUGGGAUUCAUCAGAGAAAAUGACUUUACCCCAGUCCUCAGCAGUCCAAUCCCUGUACCUUUUGCAGAAUAUCAGUCUGUCCCUGAUGUUUUUCCUGGAGAGAAGUGUCUUCCUCGCUGCCCUUCUUGACACCAGGCCAUCCUCCAAAAGUCUUCGCCUCACUGUGUGUGCAGAUGCACUCACACCUGCCUGCUGCCAUUCCUGAGCAAGCGCUGCACUGGUGGUGCCCCAAUCCCGCAGCUGAAUCAACUUUAGGAGACGGUCCUGGCGCUUGCUGGACUUUCUUGGGCACCCUGAAGCCUUCUUCACAACAGUUGAACCUCUCUCCUUGAAGUUCUUGAUGAUCCGAUAAAUGGUUGAUUUAGGUGCAAUCUUACUAGCAGCAAUAUCCUUGCCUGUGAAGCACUUUUUGUGCAAAGCAAUGAUGACGGCAGGUGUUUCCUUGCAGGUAACCAUGGUAACAGAGGAAGAACAAUGAUUUCAAGCACCACCCUCUAUUUAAAGCUUCCAGUCUGUUAUUCUAACUCAAUCAGCAUGACAGAGUGAUCUCCAGCCUUGUCCUAGUCAACACUCUCACCUGUGUUAACGAGAGAAUCACUGAUAUGAUGUCAGCUGGUCCUUUUGUGGCAGGGCUGAAAUGCAGUGGAAAUGUUUUUUGGGGAUUAAGUUCAUUUUCAUGGCAAAGAGGGACUCUGCAAUUAAUUGCAAUUCAUCUGAUCACUCUUCAUAACAUUCUGGAGUAUAUGCAAAUUGCCAUCAUAAAAACUGAGGCAGCAGACUUUGUGAAAAUUAAUAUUUGUGUCAUUGUCAAAACUUUUGACCACGACUGUAGACAAAUCUAUGUUUUCCCUAUAAUUAAAACCAGCAACAUCCCAUUUUAAUUAUUAUUAAUUAUAUUACGUUUGAUUAACUGGUCAAUAUAUAAGUUACCUAUGAAUUCAAUGAAUUCAAUGAAAAGAUUUCACACAGAUGACAUUAUGACAAAUGAAAUACUAAUUUGGCCCUUUUCUCUCAAUACUACACUGUUUAAAGGGGCCUUGGGAAUGUUUGUCAUUUUAAUAAUUUACAAUCCUAACAUUUUAAUGCAUAUUUUCAUGCAAAUUUGUCUGUCCAGUUGGCCUCCAACAUUUUUUAUCUGUAAACACGAGAUAAGAAAAACAAUAAUACUGCAAGGCAAUUCCGAACCUUGAAGGUAAACAUUAAAUAUAUUUGCCCUUUUCUGCUGAUAAUUUAGAGACAUUAUCAUGAAACAGUAAACAGUAAUGGUAGAGGUCUGUUCAUGUUCUCUGCCUCGAAAUACACUCUGUAGCACAAAAAUAUUGAACUGAUCCAGCUGUGCCCAGUGUUAAUGGAAUUAUGCUUGUGCCAUACUGAGCUGAAAUUAGGUCUGAGUAUUGCUGUCCCCAGUUCCUGUUUGCUAUCUCUAGGACACAUUCUGUUCUUGAACUCUCCUGGCCGGGUAGACUAUGUAGAGACAUGUCUCUCCGCAGAUCCUGGAUUUCUUUGGAGGAAGAGUAACAGAGGCAGGCUGCAGUGGUGGGAAAGGUUAAUGAAAUGGAGGAGGAUGUUGUUACCGUUCUUAUUCCGCAUAUCCAUCUGCAUCCAGGGGCGUCAUGCACCCCAAAAAUCUGAAGGGGCACAAAGUAUGUGAGGAUGGCUGGGGGAGGUGGUCUGGAGGGGGGCUAUUCAUUGGUAGUUCUUUUUUUAAAGAAACUAAAUAUGCUUCUCUGCAUCUCUGCUAAAAUCUUGGUAAAAGAUUGAAAGGAAUGUCAGUCUUAUUUAGUAUAUUUAGUUAUUACUUGUUCUAAAGUCUACCAACCUUGCCAGCAGGCAUUCCAGCUAAGAUAGUUAGACAAGCUAGCAACUCUAACUUGAUUGAUAGCCAGAAAUGGCUUAUUGGUAGCUAGUUAUGACGUUGGGAGAUUGGGAACCUGUCUGGGCUAGCUAAAGCCAACUUCAUAAAAUAUUACCCCAUAAAGUAUUACCCCAAAAAAUAAUAAAAAUAAAUAAAAUAUUCCUCUGCCUGCACCCGCUGGACCCUCCUGUCACGGUGGGAGAGUGACUAAGACAGGGAUGGUUUUUUGUCGUGGAGGUGUCAGCCAUGUGAUGGGGAUGGCGGGGGAGUGACUAAGACAGGGAUGUGUUUUUGGCGUGGAGGUGUCAGCCAUGUGAUGGGGAUGGCGGGGGAGUGACUAAGACAGGGAUGUGUUUUUGGCGUGGAGGUGUCAGCCAUGUGAUGGGGAGGCGGGGGAGUGCCUAGUACAGGGAUGUGUUUUUGGCGUGGAGGUGUCAGCCAUGUGAUGGGGAUGGCGGGGGAGUGACUAAGACAGGGAUGUGUUUUUGGCGUGGAGGUGUCAGCCAUGUGAUGGGGAUGGCGGGGGAGCCUGUGGUGUGGCAACACAAUAGCACCAUGGAACUGGUGUGUCACCGUGUCAGGAGGAGAGGGACAUGUCUUCCAAUCUGGUGUGGGGAGUCACUGUCAGCGAGCAGGCGUGUAUUGACAAUGAGGCAGGGAAAUGAAAGUGUUGCCUUCAUGGCGUCAGUCUUCGCCACUGUGCUGUGUUCAUGUUGUUGCCUGAUUAGCAUCUAUUCUCAAUUAGUAAAUAAUUAACCAGGUUUUCAUAAUGUUCUCUGGGAUAAGACACAUGAGUUAAAUGUGACACCGAAUCCAGUUUGAUAUCUUCUUAUUGAUUAAAAAACAACAGCACAGAAAACACUGAAAUCACUGAAAAACACUGAAACCAGUUUUAUUUUCCUCUCUAGCAUUUGGUCAGAAUGAAUGCCACGACCCCGGCAUCCCUGUCAAUGGCCAGCGGUAUGGGGAGCACUUCUUGCUGGGGAGCUCCGUGCUCUUCACAUGUGAUGAAGGCUUCAUCAAAACCCAUGGGUCUGAAUCCAUAACCUGCAUCAUUCAGGAUGGAAACGUAGUGUGGAAUGCAGCAGUUCCUCGGUGUGAAGGUACUGUA